AUGUCUACGCCCACGCGACGAAAGAAACAGCGAAUAUCUGAUUUCUUCAAACCCUACAUUCAGCCUACAGUUCCAGCCAAACGUUCCACACCCUCCGCUGAUGCAUCCACGCAGAGCGAUUCUGAUAUUGAGAUUACUCGGGUGGUGACUACUCCUCGAAAAACAAAAGACCCCGACAUAGAGAUUACACGAGUAGUGAAAACACCCAGCACGUCGAAAAGACCGGAUGACGAGAGCAGACUGUUCAAAUCCACUACAUUUUCCCCUCUGAGUGUGCCACGCUCGAACUCGCAAUCGAUACCCUUCCGCAGUCCCAGACCUCGAGGCUCAGUAAACUCCCCAUGGAGUUCCAAAACCCCCGUGCUCCAUAGUAGGAACAGAAAGACAACGUCGCCUUCACCCACUCCGGUUAAACGUCCUUCAUUCGCACCCAUCCCCCCGGCGACACAGAAGUUCUCUCGCAACGCCGAGAUCACGGAAAUUCCGGAUUCAGAUGACGACGAUGCAGACUCUGUAGACUCCCUGGAGUCUUUGAGUGGCCUGUUCGGAGGAAAGAAGAAUAAUGGGGACGUCACAUCGAGGUCGUCCUCUCCGGAAGUUGACGAAGCCCAACUCGAGGCUGAACGGAUGAGAGCUCUCAGUGCCUUUACGGGAGGCAGAUCGGACGCAUUGGUCGGAAAGGACAGACUCCGUGCUCUGUUGGCGAAACAGAAAGCGACGGAUUUUGACUUUUCCUCGAUUCUCGGUGAUCAUCUGAAUGACCAGGGCGUUGAGGAAAAGGUGCGAAGGUCACGGGCGGAUUAUGAGGCUUCGAGGAGUCCAGCAGAAGUGAAUGGUAAUGUCAGCCUGGACCGGAAACUCCUCGCCACGGUGGCGACGAAGCCCGACGACGACGACCUCCAUGAUGGAGUUUCAAGGCUUAUGGAUGCUGUUGAACGUACAGAGGCUCUUUCUGCCGAUCGUGUCUUUUUAUUCUUCGGAUCAGGCGGGCUAAGAGACUGGAAGGACGAGAUUCCAAUUCAACUCGAAUUUCCUGAACACGCGAUUCCAGAUAAUCUGUGGCGCACGGGCGACGAUGAAGCUAGAGCGCGCAUGUUCACUUCUGGGUACAUGGCAGAUCUCUCUGCCAGAGGACAGAUGGCAGACGACGCAGUGUAUUGGGCCUUCAACACAGUUGUGUUUGAACAACAGGAUGAUGUUCGGCAUGCGUAUAUUGAGUGCUUGAGAAAUGCGAGUGCUUCCUGGACCAGAAGUAACAUUUCUGCUCGGGAUGUGCAGAUGAUCUUCCAGUCUUUGGGCGCAGACGUUUCAAAAUCACAAGACGCCGUUACGAUCGAACCGAAGCACCGCGUGGCACACGAACCAGAGAGCAGGAAUCCCAAAUACCUCCUUUCCGCAUUGGACAUGUUCCAGGCCAUUUCUCGCGAUCUGGAUUUUCUGGCUCUGAGCAAAUUGACAUCUCUGGUUUGUCGGCUUGCCAUCGAUUCCGAACUCAUGGGUGACGUGCGAGUAUCGGUCAAGGUUGAGGAUACGCUUCAUGUCCUGCUCGACCUACCACACCCCGACAUGAGAGCUCACGUUCUGGAGAGAAUCCUCACAGACAUGGGCAAGAACUUGCAAGACCCGACCCUACAAGUGCAUCUGCUCUCUCACAUCCUUCCCGUCUCGCGCUCCGCGCUCAGGGCCCGUCUAGUCCUCGCGCAGACAUUCAUUCUUGGCCCCGACAGUCUGCAAGAUGGCAGACCUUUGCCUCAAGUAGGGUAUCUCGACACCCUGACGCAACACGUCUCUAGACAUCCACUAUUCAGACCCCACCGACACAGAGACCCCAAGAACGUCGACUACACGGCUCUCCGAGCCCUCACGCACGUUCUCGACGCCGCCAUAGCCGACGGCGGGCGGCCUGCAAAUGUCGACUCACCCGCCGACAAAGUCACAUUCAAUAGAUCUGUUGACACAAUCGCCGAUGCGGUCCGCUCGACGCUGGUGUCCAUCAUCGACACCGGCGCGUCUCACCUGAGUCGCACGGAAGCCAAGGCUGCCUUGCAGGCCCUGUAUUGGCGACUGCUGUUCAGCGUGCGCACGGAGCCGAGACCGAAGAAGAACAUCUUCGACCUCAGAACCGGUCGCAUCCGCGAUUCGCAGGACUUUCGGAGCGAGCAAAAAGGUAGGGACGUGAUGACGCGGUUUUUGACCAAGCCCGAAGGCCACGACGAGGGAGCUGCCGCUGGCAAUAGCAGUGGGAGCAGCGGCGAUCCUGCAUCCACGACAGCUACGACGACCCCGGAGGAAGCACCGGCUGAUUCUACUAGGAAUACGAGUCUGUCAGCAUGCUCCCAGGCGUCAGAUGCAAGGUCGGAGACUGAAAAGGUCAUUCGCAGGCAACUAGGGCUUCCUGAUUGA